CACGGAACAAGCGACAAAAGACUACCACUGACAGUAAUACUAACAACAAUAUGGCACACGCGUGGGCGAACCUCCCUCAGGCUCUUUCAGCCGCUCUGCCCAAGGCCAACAAGGCUGCGGGCUCAGAUGGCCAGAUCAGAGCUUUCACCAACUCCAAUGCCAUCACUGAGCCGGCACGUUUCGGUAUCAAGGCCGCUGGUGGCAACGAUGCCAUUGUGGUCACCGUCGCCAAAGGCAAGGUCGAAAUCGGCAGCGGCACCACGCAAGGUUGCGAAUUCGUCAUCUCCGCUCUACCAGAACAAUGGCAAGAGUUCAUGAAGCAGACACCGGUGAUGCCAUAUCAGAGCUUCUGGGGCAUGUUCGGCAUGAACAUCAAGCAGGAAGGUAUCGCAAUCGAAGGAGAUGAGAUUUCCUUCUCACGCUGGACCCACAUCUGGCGUCGAGUCUUGGAACUCAUCCACGAUGCGCAUUCCGGCGAAACUCCAGCCGAUACCGAGCCUGAGACUGAUGUGGACCAUAUUGUUGGACGAUAUGUCUAUGUCAAUGUCCCAAGCUAUGGCAAAUGCAAGAUCUUCUACGACUCUGCUGGUGACGGCGACCAAGACAUUGUCUUCCUCCACACUGCCGGAAGCGAUAGUCGACAGUAUCAUGGUGUCCUGAACGAUGAGCGGAUGAGGAAGAAGUGCCGCAUGUUUGCUUUUGAUCUGCCAGCCCAUGGCCGAUCGUUCCCAUACGAGAACUACCUCCCAGGAUUGCACACCAACACUGAGGAUAUCUAUGUCGGAUGCAUCGCCGCUGUCAUCAAGAAGCUGAACCUCAACAGGCCAAUCGUCUGCGGUGCGUCGAUGGCUGGCCAGAUCUCUCUGGCAUGCGCGGUGCGAUACAAGGAAGUUGGAUGCUGUGGUACCAUUCCUCUCCAGGGCGCUGACUACCUCAACAUGGAUCGCCAGUGGAAUGACCAGAGUCCGUUCGUCAACCAGGCGCUCUACAACCCCGAGUGGAUCUACGGCAUGAUGUCGCCCACCGCACCCUUCAAGAAUCGCCAGCUCAUCUGGCACCUGUACUCUGCCCAAGCCUAUGGAAUCUUCCACGGAGACUUGGACUUCUACUUCGGAGGUUGGGAUGGACGUGAUCGCAUGAAGACCAUCGAUACCAAGGCAUGUCCGGUAUACAUGCUUACCGGUGAAUACGAUUGGUCUAAUACACCCGCAAUGAGCCAAGCCACUUGCGAUAAGAUCCCCGGCGGCAAGCAUCAGGCCAUGAAGGGUCUGGGACACUUCCCAGCGACUGAGAAUCCCAAGGUCUUUGUCGGAUACGUUCUUGAGGCCAUUGACCACAUCCAGAAGACUCGAGCCUAGGCGCCAAGUUUGGCCCUGCGGCAUCUUAUGCGUGGCAGAUUGUCUGUGUAUACCUUAGUCCAUGUAUAGCUUAUGUAUGAUGGCAUGGAAAAUUCAAUUAUGGUUCUUU